AUGGCCGUGGCGGAGCCGUCAAGAACAGGGUCGCCUCCUCGCGUCCUCCUCCUCGUCUACGCCGUCCUUCUCACGGCCACAGCAGAUGGGGCGCUGGCAGCCGGGGGCCUAUCGAUCGGCAUCAACUACGGGCAGAUUGCGGACAACCUCCCUUCGCCGUCGCGCGUGUCCAUGCUCCUCCGGUCGAUGCAGGUGAGCAAGGUGAAGCUCUACGACGCCGACCAGAACGUGCUGAGCGCGUUCCUGGACACGGGCGUGGAGUUCGUGAUCGGCAUCGGCAACGAGAACGUGUCGGCGAUGACGGACCCGGCGGCGGCGCGGGCGUGGGUCCAGCAGCACGUCCGGCCGUACCUCCCGAGCACGCGCAUCACCUGCAUCACCGUCGGGAACGAGGUGUUCAAGGGCAACGACACCGCCCUCAAGGACAGCCUCCUGCCGGCGAUGAGGUCCGUGUACCAGGCGCUGGGCGCGCUGGGCCUGCAGGGGCAGGUGAACGUCACCACGGCGCACUCCCUGGACAUCAUGGGCAGCUCCUACCCUCCCUCCGCCGGCGCGUUCCGGCCGGACGUGGUGCCCUACAUCCAGCCGCUCCUCGACUUCCUGUCGGCGGCGAGGUCCCCGUUCCUCAUUAACUGCUACCCCUACUUCGCCUACAAGGACGACCCCGCCGGCGUGCCGCUGGAGUACGUGCUGUUCCAGCCCAACGCCGGCGUGACGGACCCGACCACGGGGCUCAACUACGACAACAUGCUGUACGCCCAGGUGGACUCGGUGUACGCCGCGGUCCAGGCGCUGGGCCACACCGACGUGGACGUGAAGAUCUCCGAGACCGGGUGGCCGUCCAGGGGCGACCCCGACGAGGCCGGCGCCACGCCGCAGUACGCAGGGAUCUACAUCGGGAACCUGCUGCGGAGGAUAGAGACGAAGCAAGGGACGCCGCUGCGGCCGGCGGUGCCCAUAGAUGUCUACGUCUUCGCGCUCUUCAACGAGAACCUCAAGCCGGGGCCGGCCUCCGAGCGGAACUACGGGCUCUUCUACCCCGACGGCACGCCGGUCUACGACGUCGGCCUGCGCGGCUACCUCCCGCCCAUGGAUGAAUCGGACGCCACGCGGACGGCGAUUCACUUGUUGGCGCUCAUCGCCUUGGCAUUUGUCGCCCUCGUCUUAUCCUGA